GUGGGCGUGGUCAAAAGUGGGACGGGCUGCCGGAGCAGGCGCUGGGACAUUAAUUGUUUUGCUGCUGAGCUGUCAAGUUGAGCAGUGCCGGUCUUUCUGCGCCCGCCCUGCUCGAUUUUAUCCUUUGCGAUUAUUUUGAUUUAUUGCUAUAACUCUGCCAUAUCGCUGCCUCUUAAUAAUUACCCAUGAUGCCCGGGAGUGUGGGCAUGUAGCGUUCAGCUAGGGUUGUCGACCCCUCCCCCUCCACCUUACAGUCCAAGAUGGCGGUCCAGGAAUCAGCUGCUCAGCUCUCAAUGGCUCUGAAGGUUCAGGAGUAUCCAACUUUAAAGGUUCCUUAUGAGACCCUCAACAAGCGCUUCCGGGCAGCACAGAAGAACAUAGACCGAGAGACGAGCCAUGUCACCAUGGUGGUGGCCGAGCUGGAGAAGACAUUGAGCAGUUGCCCCGCCGUAGACUCUGUGGUCAGCCUGCUGGAUGGGGUGGUGGAGAAGCUAAGUGUUCUUAAGAGGAAGAUCGGCUUUUGCCAGCGCUGCGUUCUCGUCACUGUUCACCUGCACGGCAUUGACAUUGCAGCGGCGGUGCGUUGUAAAUGGGACGGAGCAGCUGUAGUUACAGCGCACCGCAGCUACAACGCUGACAGCGUGCAGGUAAACGAUGAAAGAAUGCAGCGCUCAUAA